AAUAUGCGAACCAUAUAUUUUUCAAGGUGUAGACUAGUAGAUUUUUGUCACUCCACUGAGCAGUAAAUAGCGAGGCGAAGGCAAUUCACACACUCGCUGGGCAGGCCAAAUUAAAAGAAUAGAAAUUCCAAGUACCUCAAAAUGAGUGAACAUCGAAAUCCCUCCAAGGGAUCGUCAGAAGGUGGGCGAACGAUGGGCGUCCCAUUCUUCGAUGCGCUAUGGCCGCUGAUCCUGGACGAGAAUCCCUGUCACAUCGAGAGCAAGGUGGAGGAAUAUUUUGUGCCCAGCAAACCCUUUAAUCGUCUAGAGUGGCACACUUAUUUGGCUCGGGUAGGAUAUCCUUUCUACAUGGCGCCGCAUGAGCUGCGCUGUUGCAAGGGCGCCCGGCAGGAGGAAAUGGAGGAUGAGGACGCGGAAAAGGCCUUGAACAAGGAGGUGGAGGAGCGGAAGGGACCCGCACAGGCUGACUUCCUGUGCCGUGGAGCCCGUCAAAUACGACCCGUAGAUAAGGAGGUGGAGCAACUGAAAAUGGAGCAGGAGCGUCGACAGAAACUGGCCUACGACUUUGCCAAUCGCCGAUAUCCCUGGACCAUGCAGACGCCCAGCCACGAAUUGGGAUUCACGAUUACCGAGGAGCUGCAGCAGUGCUUCAAAGCACCCAUGGAGCUGAUCAUUCUGCAAAGGAUCCAUGACCACGACUGCAAGCUAAUGAUCAUCGAUCUGGGUGCCGAGGUGGACAUCAAGGACUGCCAGCGCUGGAUCAAGUUCCGACCUUAUAUCCAAUUGCUAGCCCUGGUGCGAACGCCUCAAAUGGAACGAUCGCUGCAGCUGCUAAAUGUCUUUCACACCCUUCUGGUGGAGGAGUCGGCGGAGAACUCAUGGAAUGAUGAGUUGUCCUGCUCCCUACGCACCGGCUUUAUGUACGCCCAGAAAAUACAGCUUCUCAAGUCCUGCGGCGAGCCAUUGGUAUUCGUCUUUAGCCGACUUCGCGGUAUCUGCACCUGCGAUAACUUCAAAAUACUCCGUAGAGCCUAGAAAGAGAUCCUCCAAUUAUUGCACACCUCACUAAACAAAAUUAACUUGAAAGCUACAAAAAAAAAUUGGUUGUGAGUUGAGGAGAAUAUUGUGUUUAAUUAAAAUUAUAAAAGUGAAAAAAAAUCAAAUGUUGAUGCAAGAGACAAAUGCUAAGAAUAACUUGCAAUAAAAACAUCAAAAUUGU